UCUAAAUUGACAUAAAAACGAAAAAAAGUUAACCCUAACCCUUCUGCCCCUCUGUCUGUCUCCCUGCCUUCCCAUACCAAACGCAUUUUCCCUACGGGCUGCCGUUUUCCUUUCUUUGAGGUGCACUGUCUGAUAUCAUGAAGGAAGUGAAGAGAAAAAGACGGGUAGACAGAAAACCAGAAUUAGAAGUCCCUGUGGAGUUGAUCCAGCGUAUACAAUCGCUGCUGCCGUUAAAAGAAGCUGCUCAAACCUGCAUCUUAUCCAAGUCAUGGCUACACGCUUGGUCUACCGUUCCAACCCUUAGGUUUCAUCCAUCUGAUAAGUAUCAUGGAAGGCGACAACAAGCAAGAUACAUAAAGUUGAUCCGGCGCACUCUACGAAGGUAUCACCGUGACAACAUACCAAUAGAAAGUUUUUCUCUUUACUUAAGCAUCCAGGACAUGAAGUCAGCUUCUGUUGCUGAAAAAUGGAUCCGCCGAGUGAGCUCUAAAAGUUGUCUGAAAAAGCUUUACCUUGAAAUUUCAGUCAGGAAGGGUUCAUUUAUGCUUCCAGAUGAGAUAUUCUCUGGUGAAAACCUAGAUACAGCAAGUAUUACAGCCGAUUGGUCGUUGAGUAAUAUACUCUCCAUCAGUAGCAAUUGUGUGAUCAACUGUGUGUCUUUACGAGUUCUGAAGUUGAUCGAGGUGCAUGUAAGCGAAGAGGUACUUAAUAACCUAUUAUCUACUUGUAGCUUACUAGAAAAGGUGAAGCUUUCGUUACCCGAAGGUUCAAGGACGAUCAAGGUAAAAAACCUUCGGUAUCUUCGCAAAUUGAAAAUACACUCAAAAGACCCGAAUGAUGUGCUGGAAAUACAUGAUGUCCCAAGUCUUCGCUUGCUUUCUUAUGAUUCAUCAUUGGCCUUCGCUUGGGUUCCGAGGAAAUCUUUAUUAUUGAACGCGGAUGUAUUAGGAGGUGUGAAAGAAUUGUCUUUAGCUGGUGUGAUCAUGGAUGAUUCAUUAUCCGACAUUAUCAAAUCUAAGUUUCCUUUUCUUGAAGGUUUGGCCAUUGAUAUCUUGGAUUGUAGGCUGGAAAUCCUGGACAUCACAUGUAAUUCCUUGAAACGAUUGAAGAUAGAAGCAUGUGAAGACGGAAUGAUGGACGUUCGAGUUUAUGCUCCAAGUUUACUUUUUUUCAGUUACACGGGCUUGGCGAUGCCCACUUUCUUGUUUCCAGCUGUUGCUCCUGAGCAAAUUGAGUUAAACCUGACGUUGCAGAAUCCGGUGGAUAAUUCUUUUUUUCUUAAGAUGAGGGAAACACUUGAUCUAUCGAGGAAUUCGAUCAUAAAAUUAGUAAGAGAUGGUUCUGUUUUUCAAGUACCAUUUAACAUUGACAUUGAUGGUCUGAAACAAAGUGUUCCGUUUCCGGCUACAAAUGUUCAAGAACUAAGGUUUAGUUCUUAUCCAGGACGUAUACCAACAUGGGAUGACUCACUAUUUUGUAAAGCAAUGUUUUUGAUUUGCCAUCCCAUUUAUGUAAAGGCAAAUCAAAUCAAGGUCAACAAUUACUUCUGGAAAAGAUUUGUGAACGGGAUGAUUAAAAAGAAAGCUAGGAGGAAGAAUUGGCCACACCUUAAAGAUGUUGAAAUAAAAAGUAAUCUUAACAGAGAAUGGGAAACUUUAACAAGUUCUUGCAUAGAGGCUCAUAUCGACUGGUGUAACAUUGAGCUCAAACUAACUUGGUGCUCUCCAUAGAACCUGAUCAUCUUCAGUUAGGUUGGUUAACUGUUCAGCUGUGCAACACUUUUUUGUACUAUUUGUUAACUACUCGCAUGUCAGCAUUUUUAAUUCCAUGUUUUAAGUGAACCUUCACGGAUUUAUGUUAAGAGUCUGAUGUUAAAAAGUUAAGUAACAAUAUGAAAUUUUCUUCA